AUGACAGGCCGCUAUGAUGGACGCCCGGAGCGUCAGAAUGAAUAUUUCAUCCCCGGUGACGGAAUCAGCCGCGAGGUUAUUCAAGCAGAUAUUUGUCGCUACCUUGGAAACGAUGCCCUCGUCAGACCUGGCAACCACAAUGGACGGCCGGGAUUCUUCAUCCGUGCCUAUCGGAAUCUCACAUCUACGUCUCCCCGCCGGGCUGACCUAGGCUACCCGCGAGGGAAUUACAUUCAAGACACAAAUGUGUCUCAUCCACCUAACACCGCUCCAGCGAACUAUGCCCCUGCGCCCGUUCAUGAGAGUCGCCAGUCACAGGGCCCCUCGCCUACGCCUUUUACUGCGGCACCCGCGCAGUCGUACAUGGACCCCUACUCCCAGGGCGCCUACAGUGGAUCCCAGAAUGCCCCCUAUCCCAACCCUUCAUCAUACACAUCCUCCACUCACUCGCCAUAUGCAUCAGGUACAGCUCCGUACCCUCCACCCCAGGUUUCCUAUCCUGGUUCUAGUCAGCCUGUCGUGACGGCUGCGGACAUGCACCCCCAAUCGUACACAUAUGCCCCCACGGGCUAUGGUUACGACAAUGGCCGAAGCAAUGCACCCCGGUACCCAGGACCUGGAUAUGAUGCCGAACAGGAGUACUCUACUGUAACUUCCGGGAUGUCCUAUCCUGCCACUACUGCCCCGGAUCCCCGGAUAGGAAUGGAGCCCAGAUACACUCCAGAGUACGAGCGCAGGCCACAAGCAACCAGAGACAACCCCCACCGUCGGCGGUAG